GAAUUUCGACUGUUUACCACCGACUUGUUACGAGAUGGAACGGUACUUGAAGGAGGAACCGAUGGUAUCAUCCUCGCCWACGAGGUCUGAGUCACCAUGGCUGACGACGUGGUCAACACGCGUGGAAGUGGAGGUGGGCCUGGACUGCGAAAGUAGCGUUACGUCCAACAGCAGCUCGCCGUCGACGUGUUGGUCCGGAUUCGCGACACCGCCGCCAAGCCCGCCGGACGAUACAGACGUGUCGCCGACCGUGGUGGCGUCACUGCUGUCAUCGGCCGCAGCCGCAGCCGCAGCUGCAAAAGCCGYGGCCACAGCCUCGACCGCCGGCACAUCAGGUCGGGUCGCUUCCGCCGCGUCCAACGCCGCCACGUCGGCGGCCGCCACCACUACCGCGGGUCUGCUGAAAGUGACCGUCGCCCCGGCCGCCGCGACUGGAUCCACCAUCAGCCCUGUCAGCACUGCCAGUACCAGCCCCACUGGCACCAGCAACGCCAGCACCAACACCACCGUCACCGUCGGCGGCCGGACGGCGGUCGGCACCGUGGCCGCGGUAGCGACGACGAUCGCCGCCGCGUCGCCCGCGCACCGCGAUCCAGGUACCGCGGCGGUCGUCCACGCACCGGUAUUGUCCAUCACCACGGCCGCGGCCGUCGCCUACCACCCAAGGUUACACCUGUCACCGGACGCCGCCAAGAAGAUACACAAGUGCAAGUAUCCCGGCUGUGAAAAGGUGUACACGAAGAGUUCGCACUUGAAAGCCCACCUCAGGACGCAUACCGGCGAGAAGCCAUACAAAUGCGAGUGGAUCGGCUGCGGCUGGAGCUUUGCCCGGUCGGACGAGCUGACCCGCCAUUACCGCAAGCACACUGGCGCCAAACCAUUCAAGUGUCGCCAUUGCGAGCGAUGUUUCUCCAGGUCCGACCAUUUGGCGCUGCACAAGAAACGGCACUUCACUUAAACGCAAGCACACGACGCACGAACACACACCCACAUCCACACACGAACAGAAAAAAACGCGCAAAACACACACACACACACACACACACACACUACCGUUUUACCAUCCUAACCGCUACCUCCGCUACAACAACCCUCUGACGAUAUUAUGUUAGAACUCGUUAAAACUAAAUACCCCUCUCUCUCACACACACACAUAUUCAUACACAAGCACAGACAAACGGACGCGCAUAGAUAAAGUUUCCGGAAAAACGGUGGUAUUUAUUUAAUUAUUAUUGUAAUUUAUUAUUAUUAUUAUUAUUAUUAUUAAAUUAUUUAUAUAUUUUACG